AUGGUCUUCUGUGAGAUAUUCUUCAUCGGAACCCUUGCAGCAUUCACGUUACUGGAAGUGUACCUUUUUAGAAGGUUCUGUUUGGCAAGAGGUCCUAUUUCAAAAAGCGAACACGCUUACCGGGUUCCUGGAGGAUACUACGUUGUCAGAUAUUACCCAGAUGAAAACGGCAUGUACCACUAAGAAUCUUUUUCCCUCAAAGACUUUACAGAAUGACAGACUUCAACAAGGGAGACAAAAACUAUUGUGACAAUAGCAUCUUACCAUGAAAUUCAAGACUAAAACAGUGCACAUUUGCUGUUGAACAUGAACUGAGCCUAGACUUUGGGAGUGGUAGUAACUAUUUCAUGUGGAACGGUUAUAUUCCAAAUACAAAAUCAAACUGACUGAGAAACUGAUAACCACAUUGUAAUAACUGAAAUAUUCAAUGUUGUUAGUUAGGACCAUGAAGGACAUUUAUCAGUUCCUUAGUAUGCGUGAAUGUACGCGUACGGUUUCGGUGUGGUUGUAGACUACUGUGUUUAUGUUAAUACUGUCAUGAUCGAUGCAGUUGCUAGCUUUAUAUUAGAGAUUGUAUUACAGAAAAUAAUAACUGUAUCUUCAGUAAUAGGAAAGCAAUGAAAAUCAUGAAGUUUGUAAAGACUUUCUAUCAAGGAUGUUGUAUCAGUAAGUUGUUAUUAUAGUUUAGUGACCGAUGUCUAUUGGGGCAUGUUUGGUUGUUUUUAUUGGGCAUAAAGAUCAGAAUAAACAGCAUUGGCUAUGCUUGGAAAAAAAAAACUGAAAGAUGGUCAUCAACAUGUUAGUCUUAAAUCCAGAAGCCCGUAAAGAAAAACGUACGAAACAUACUAAUGACAUUUUUCCAAUUCAAUGCGAGAACGAAUGCGGUUAGAUUGAAAUCAGGAGUUCGUCACUUCGUACGCGGUCUGCCCAAUAUUAUUCACUGACUAUUAACGUCCUUUAAGGUUGAUCAUCCCUAUAAUUCAGCCUAGCUGCUGCAGAAUGGUCAUGCAGUUUUGGGUGAAAAAUUUAAAAUAACGCGGUUUGUUGUUAAAUACAAAAAUAAACAUUCCUCGUUGAUGAAUAGUCCCAACGGUUGUUUAGUUAUUAUUCUGGUAUAUUUUUCGUGAAUAUAAUAAAAGCUAUCUUCACAGAAGUUUUCAACGAAUCCCCGGCAAAGAACGCAACCCGAGAUCUUUAUCUACUCGCGAAUAGGUGGAGAUUCAAAAGUUGGAAAUGAAGCCUUUCACGACAUAACGCAAGAUUUCUGGAGAUGUUCAUGGUAAAUACAUAAGCCACCUGCAGCAAGACUGUUUACUUUCGUUUUAAGUUCAUUUCAAGUAUUAAGGCUGAAAGACCAUUCGUCACUACAGCGUACUGUUUAGAACUAAGUGAAUCUCCUUUUUCAUAGAUAUGCACGUAUGCUAUAAAAUACCUUGUUCACCAAAGUUUUUUUUAUCUUUUUAGUUUAUAUUUUUUCAUGACAGAAAACUGUCAACAACAUCAGUAGGCUUUGCCAAGUUUAAUAUAACGAGUAGAAUUUUGCUUCAUGAUUAAAUAUUUCUUUGUGUGUGACUAACAAAGAUGAAUUUUAGUGACCAAAAAUUAAUAUAUCAGAAUGUUUUCCUUGAACGUUAGUCACGUUCGAAAUGACAGUGUAAUCGUGAAUAUUUUUUAUCCUUAACUUUCAAGGGUGUAUUAAGAACAGCAUAUUUUAAAUUGAAAAUCGCAAAAUAAUAUCACUAAAUAAACUGGACUUGAAAUGAUCGACGUUCUUUAACAUAAGGCUCUCUGAUUGGAGGUUAUUGUUACCACGCCCAAGACACGCCGCCGGCCUUACAAAGGGAGCCCUGCAAGCAAGAAAAGUCCCUUUUCCCUCCUGACCGAUGGCCUAUAUGGAGAGGACCAGCCCGAAGGGUACCUUUUUUAAGCUUCAGGUAUACGAAAGCGAACGGAUCUCACUUGUUAAAGUAUAUGGAUUAAAGCAGGAUAUAGGGAAAUUUGUCCGUUGGUAAAAAAUUAAAAGCCUCCAAAAAGGAAACAGAAAACAGAUGCAUUUUAUGGCUGUGAAAAAGUCAAGAAAACGUUCUGGUUUUGUAAUUUACUCAUAUUUUAAAGACAGUAAAUUCACAGCAGUUAAAAGGGAUGAAAAAGGUCUAAACUAGGUAUGUAAAAGAGGUACCACUUGUCAAUGAAAGGUAUACGCAAGGAGUAGCUUUUCUGUCGAAAAUGGUAUAAAAAGGGUAAGGUUUGGAUCUUGGGGCGGAGCCCGGGACCAAAACGGACUAUGAAUAAAUAAAAAAUAAACUACGGAAAAAGUAAAAACUCAAAAAUACCUUUGUUAAAAUUCAAGGUUCGGUUUCUAGAAAAUAAGCCCCAUGUGGGCUUAUUUUUCAAAACAAAGGUUCAACGCUGAGAUCCAAAAAUUUUUGAGGGGCUUAUUUUUUUGGAUGUCUCCGGGCACUAUGAAAAUGAGGGGCUUAUCCUCAGGACUGGAAUGAAAGGGACGGGGGGGGGGGGGGUGGGGUGGUGCGCAGGGCAUUCCAAAAUCAUGAAUACUUGGUACAAGGAGCGAUCCUAUAUAUCCGCUUCAAGUCGCAAGUCAGCCCACUUCCCUCCAACACCUGGAGAAAUUUCCGCCGUCCCUAGCGUGUAAUGUUUCAUUUUUUUAUUUUAUUGAUUCAUUUGGACAAAAAGACACUAUCGAACCGCCAUAACAAUUUCAGCAAAUCCAUUGUUGCUGGUAACAAUGAAAGAUGAUGCAAAAAUUGAAUAAGAGCUGAGCAGCUGAAAGUACGCAGCCAAUCAGAACUCGUGAUUGCUGAUAUCUACUGGUAGGCCGGUGAAUAACAAGUAAACUAGUGUCAUUCAAAAGCCACGCCUUGUAAUUAGACUUUGAACCUCACAUUAAAAUUACCCACAAAUUCAAGCGCACGCCAGACAUGAAUAGCGUUCAGGGAGAUUAUCUUUACACAAAACAAUAAACAGAAAAAUGGUAUCGAAGUAAAUGUGGUCGUAACUUGAAAGAAACCGGGAACAGGAAAACUUCGAAUGCGAUCCCACAUCUCUCCCUAAUGGCUGGAACAAUCACAAUUUUCGUCGCUGCUUUGGCUGUCGGACUAAUUGGGGCAUUAGCGCUUCUUCAAGCGUAUUUUAUUGGACAGUGUUUCAGGGCAGGACAGCCGCAAGAAAAUGGAUACAUUAAUAACGAUUGUCUUUAGCGGGCUUCCUAAACUGAAAAAAUCGAAUUACAGGCUUUCGAUUGAGAACUCUAAGGCACCUGCUACUCACGAAAACUUCACUGUAAAAAAUUGCUUGACUUGGGCCUUGUUUCUGCCAUCGAGAGAACUACAUCAAUUGUUGUAAUUUUUGAAGGCUGAUAUUUUAUCGACUUCAUAAACAGCAAUUUCAACAGGAAGCUCUUUUCAAAAAUGGAUCCACAUUAAAGGUUAUGACAAUGAGUAAGCACGCGAAGAGACGUUGAUAACUGUGUAGUAUAAACAAGAGAACUAAACUUCUAAACUUCUUUUGUGCGACUGUUACUACCCAAGGCGAAAGUUGAAGAAAACGGUGGCAGAAUAUCUGGACCGUGGAAUUCAGUCAUUAACGGCAAACAAGGAUGUACAAAACUUCUUUUAUGGUCAAUAAACAAAAUUAAGUUAGCCUUUUUAAAGAUACGAUGUACUGGUUUUAGCAAUGAAAGAAAAUUAUUGCCUGCGAGCAAGUUAUGUAUUGCUCGCUUCUCGCGUUCCACCCGUUGUCCUCGCGGUUCUCUUCAAAAAGAAAGCUUACUUAAUGAGCGCAGGCUAGGCUGCUUAACAAAAUAGGAAACGAGGAAGUUGAUUUUAAAUUGUGCACUGCAAAAAAAGAUUAAGAAGCUGCCGGGCGUCCACUAGUCCUCCCUUCUUAUAGUUCGCUGGGACAAGAGUUAACUGCGCACUGUGCAACUGAGAUGUCAACAUCCCAGAGCUUUAAGGGUGGUCAACUCAAUUGAAAGAAUCAGCGACGUUUUCGCAUUGAAAUAGUCCGCAGUUUUCUCACUCCAAAGGGUUCUAAAACUCAGGCCAAAGAUUAGCAUUAAUGGUUUGGAAUCUGCCUAAAAAUCCGGUUAAAUGCAGCUCUCUUGAUUCCCAGUCAUUCGUUUUUUCUAGUUCCGGAGUCGGAGUAGUGGAGUUUAUGGUUAUUUUCGGUUUUUCUUUUGUUUUGUUUUUUUUUUUUUGGAGGAUAAAGAUCAAGUGUGUUUCGGAGGUUUUACGAGUUUUUUCGCUUUGUUAGUUUAAACUGAAGUUUUGAGGUUGGGUUUGUUUUCUGCGAGGUACAAUCCCCAGUUUACGGGUGGCAAAACCAAACAUGAAUACAUUUAUAACAUUUCUACUAAAUCUCGUUUUAGUGUCGUUCUUCGACUUCAGUCGCCUCCGUCGUUUCUGAAAAGAAAGGAUUUCACUAGCUAAGCAUUGUCCGAAAAGUUUCUUAAGAUACAAAAUUUCCAAACAAUAAAAUGAAAUAACCGCAAGCUGUUUUAUUAAGUGAAAAUGAAUCUGGUUUUAAUGAAAAGUUAAAUUGCUUUCAGUCUCUACGCAAAGCAGAAAAUAGUCAGUUCCCACGUUAUAAGGCGCCUUACUCUUUGGUGCUUUCAUUUGUCUCAGGAACAACAGUUCAUCACGCAAAAAGAGAACACUCCAAGUUAGUCCUCCUGAGGUUUGUUACAUCCAGUGUCGACAUUAGCAUCAGUGAUGUGUUGCUGGCAACCUCUGGCAGCCACUUUUGAAAAACUCAAUUUCAUGCAUCAGCCGCAUCUCUGGAGCUCGAGGUAGAAAAUUACUGCGAGUCAUUCAUUCGCUUGAAGGAUCUCUGUCACGAGUCGCUAAUACAAUGGUUAUAGAUACAUUCGCCGAUAAAGAUUCCCCACAUGCCGGCCACAAGAUAAACUAUUAG